AUGUUCAAGGAUAACAGUACAGAUGAGCCGAUAUCAAAUGGAAAUUUGACUGGUAUGGUACCAAAUUAUUUUCAUUUUUGUUUCUCGUGAUUGUCUUAUUAAGUUAAUGGACUAAAAAUUUCAAUUUUAGAUGUGGUUCCGGAGUUAUUGUACAGCGAGAUCCAGAAAAGCUGGCUUUUUGCGGCCGUGGCUAUGGGCACGCUGAUUGGGACAAUCCCGUUGACACUGUUGACUCCAAUUUGGGGGAUGAAGUAGGAUUUUACUCAUCAAUUUUAUUUCUUUUUUGUAACUUCCAGUUUUCAAAAAAUUUUGCUACAAAAACUUAAAAAUAGUUUUUCAUCUUGUCAUAACAACUCCCCAUCCAUUUCAGGAUAAUCUUUACAAUUUACGGUCUAAUCUCCGCCGGAGCCACCUUGAUUUUCCCCUUGAUGGUUCCCUUCGGCUUCGGCGCCGUUUUUAUUCUCCGAUUCUUCCAAGGAGUCGCUGUCGCCACUUCCUGGCCCGCAAUGGGUGCUAUUAUCGCCGAAUGGGCUACUCUCCGAAAGUCGGGCACUUUUGUGGCCUGGCUUUCAGCCCAUCUUCAGUUGGCCCAGAUCUUCACCAUGCCUGUGGCCGGAGAGUUAUGCGAAAGUGAAUGGAGUUGGCCGGCGUUGUACUAUUUGCAGGGGACUGCGACUGUUAUUUGCUUUGCCAUCUUCUGGUGGUUCUUUGAAGAUUCUCCGACCAUCCAUCGGUAAAAUUAGUUGCCGCAGCUUUGAUGACAUUACUUUAGACAUGUCAGUGAAAAAGAGCUGAAAACUCUGCAGAAAAACAAGCUGGUUUUGAUUGGAGCUGACAACGACAAUCACAAGAUCCCUUAUAAGGAGAUUUUAACCGACCGGUCGGUUAUUGGAAUCCUGUUAUCAUUGUUCGGAGCUACUUUGGGUUUCCAGUUCUUUUAUCAGUAUGGUCCGGUCUAUUUAAAUCAGGUAAAAUUUGGCCAAUGUAUUGUCAGAAAACCUUGCCGUCUUUUAUAUUUCCACAUUUCUUUAGGUCCAAGGUCUGGACAUUCAGAAUACGGGAUUUUCGGCCGCCUUUCCCUUCGUAAUCUCGAUGGUUGUCAAGUUUAUUGUGGGCCCAUUCAGUGAUAAUAUCCCAUAUGUUGGUGACAAGGGCCGAGUUAUUAUUUUUGCAUCAGUCUCCUUGUACUCGAUGGGCGCUUGUUUCAUCACUCUGGCCUUUCUUUCGGCCGAACAGAAGAUUUUAUCGCGGGUUUUCUUCACCGCGGCCAUUGUUUCAAGCGGAAUGAAUUCGGUGGGAGUCUCCAAAAGUUGUCAACUGGCAAGUUACUUCUUGAUUAUGGUUUUCAGAACUUUAGAGGUUGAUUUUUCGCAAUUUCUUGACUUCUUGAUCAUAAUAUUUGUAUUACACUUGAUAUCAAACCUAAUUUUAGAUCUCCGGCAGAUUUAUUCACUUCAUGAUGGCGUUAAAUAUGGUAAUUACGAGUGUAAUUGUCCUUCUGAUCCCCUUGAUGGUUGCGGUUUUUGCUCCGAAUGGCACCGCCGGCGAGGUAAACACUUUUCCGCCUCUUGAACCCCAAAUUUCAGUGGGCCGCCUUGUUUAUUGCCACCGGCAUAAUUGUCAUCACUUUCACCACAAUCUUCAACUUCACAGCCGAAGCGAAAUUACGGCCUUGGGCAGUAACGUCUCCUCCAAGUACAACAGAAGAUAAAGGAUACGGUAAUGAACAAUAUACUGUCCCAUCGAUCGCUCAGUUGAAUGUGGAAGCGUUGGAAAACGGUGAAGAAACGCCAAAGACAGGGGAUUCGAAGCGAGUAGACGAGAAAAAUGAUGAGAUACCGGUGUUUACUGUCUAA